UCCAUCACACUCUGAGUGAAAUAUGGCCGUCUACGAAAAUGCAUCAGAGAUCACUGUGGAGAUGAUGAACCUCUCUGAUGCUUCAGCCAGGACUGCUGCCUCCAAGAGUCACAGUGAUGAAGAUGGUACCACAGUGCCCGGAAGAAAACUGCUCAGAUGUGUUGCCGUGAGCUUUUGUCUCCUGUGUGUCCUACAAGUUGCUCUAAACAUUUCCCUCCGUCUUGCUCUCUCCCCUCCACCAGGGAUUGAUGCCAAUAUUAAAAAUCUGACUGAGGAGAGAGACGAGUUGAGGAGCAUCAACCUUCGUAUUGAGGAGAGUUAUAAAACCCUGACUGAAGAGAGAGAUGAGUUGAAGAGGGAGCUGAGUAACUUUGCCCCUCCACCAGGGAUUGAUGCCAAUAUUAAAAAUCUGACUGAGGAGAGAGACGAGUUGAGGAGCAUCAACCUUCGUAUUGAGGAGAGUUAUAAAACCCUGACUGAAGAGAGAGAUGAGUUGAAGAGGGAGCUGAGUAACUUUGGUGAGUGUGAUCAUUAUUUGAACCAAGGAUGGGUGUAUUUCAGUGGUAGUUUCUACUAUAUUUCUUCAAUCGAGAAAACCUGGCAAGACAGCAGAGAUGACUGUGUGCAAAGAGGUGCAGAUCUGAUGAUUAUCAGCAGCGAAGAGGAACAGGAUUUCACAAGACAAUUCAAGAAGUACAUGUGGAUUGGCCUGACUGACUUACAAACAGAGGGGACAUGGAAAUGGGUGGAUGGUACUCCAGUGACCAAAAGCUACUGGGGUCCUAAGGAGCCUAAUGGCGGGAGAGGUGAAAAUUGUGGGGAAAUGAAGUUUGAUUCGCAAAACAGCUGGAAUGAUGGAAGCUGUUCCCUUUCACACUUCUGGAUGUGUGAAAAGAAAGUCCGUCAUAUGGAGAUGAUUGUCCUUGAAGAGGAAUCUGAGAUCUCAGUGGUUAAUGAAAACCUCCAUGAUGCCUCAGCCAAGAAUCCUGCAUCAAAGAUCCACUUUGUUGAAGACAAUGACGUGCCUGCUGCAGUGCCUGGUCUUGAAGAAGUGGGGAACAGUUGCUGCAGAGAUACUGCAGUGUUUCUAGUGUGUUUUGUCUCUCUGACUGGACUCAUACUGUCUGUUUCUAGUGUUAAUUUGUUUGUUUAUACAUCAAAGACAAUUACCAGACACAACUCUGAGUGGGAAUCAAAGACAGACCAGUUACAGACCAGUUACAACAACAACAUGAUUAAAGAAAGAGACCAGUUACAGACCAGUUGCAACAACUUGACCAAAGAAAGAGACCAGUUACAGACCAAUUGCACCAACCUGACUAAAAAGAAUAACCAGUUACAGACCAGUUACAACAAGCUGGCUAAAAAAAAUGGUGAUCUUCAGAGAAAGCUUGAAGGUAUUGAGGCCAGUUGCAAAAACCUGACUGAGGAGAGAGAGGAACUGAAGAAGAAUCUGCAUGACUUUGCUUCGGAAGGAUGGAUGUAUUUCAGAGGUAGUUUCUACAACAUUUCUUCUACUGAGAAAACCUGGGCAGACAGUAGAGAUGACUGUCGUCGAAAAGGUGCAGACCUGGUGAUUAUCAACAGCAAAGAAGAACAGGAAUUCACAAGACAAUUCCAGAAGUACAUGUGGAUUGGCCUGACUGACUCGGAGACAGAGGGGGUGUGGAAAUGGGUGGAUGGGACUCCAGUGACCCAAAGCUACUGGGGUUCUGGGGAGCCUAACAAUAAAGAAGAUGAAGACUGUGCUGAAAUAAAGUAUCAUGAUAAGGAAAGCAGCUGGAAUGAUGGAAAGUGUUCCCUUUUACACUUAUGGAUGUGUGAAAAGAAAGUCCUUCCAUAACUCUGCAUCCACGCCCACCAAACUCAGGACAAUCAGUGCAUUUCUCAAUUUCAGCUGAACAUUUGAGGAGAUUUCACUGUUUUCCUGUUGUUUUGGAGUUUCAGUGUGAACUUUGAUCUUUGAAGCAACCUGAAUAUUUUCAUAUGGACACAAACACAUUAUUUUUCAGGUGUAAAAAAAAAAAAAAAACAGAUUUAAAA